AUGCCAAAGGAUGGACCUCUGUACGCAUUGCACUCAAAUGGCACAGUAGCAAGUGGAGCAGGUGGUGGCAAUUCAGGUACAGGCAGUAAUCAUGUGGGCAACAACAAUAAUAACAAUGUAGGUACGGAUCACGUGUACCGGGUUUUUAGUGUAGAUGAUGAUCCAGAUGAGAUUGAACAUGAUAUAAGGUAUUUGGAAGGUCUCCAUGAUGGGCUGAAAUGUGCCUUGCAUGGCGCCAAGACCAAGAACCAUCAGAAUGCUGGAAUUUCGAACUCUACGCCAACACUCUCUGCGGCAGGGCCAAGUGGAACUGAAAACGGCACCGGCAUCAGCGACGAGGAGCGUGGCGGUGCGAGUGGUGGUGCUUCAGAGCUGGCACUGAAGCCUCAGAAUUCUUCGAAGCAAGAUGUGGCGGUCAAAUCUCCUAGCAAGACGGCGGGGCAGUCGGAGGUGGAUCCGUACACAUUCGCGAUUCUUGACCGUGAGCGUAAUCACAAUCGAGACAAUUCCAACAACAACAGCGAGUCGCAUGGCAAUGAUGGUGAGGAUUACGAACAUCCUGAUGACUACCUUCGCCGCGGUCAGAAUAUAGAUGCAGAGGAUGGAAGGGGAUUCGAUAGGCAUUCAAAUGCAUCGUCAUUGGAGUCUUUUACGUUGAGGGAGAGACAGGAUGCAAUCAACGAGACGCAUCCUUUCGGUAUAAGGAUAUGGAAACCGGCACUAUAUAAAAAACAAAGAUCUGUACAGAAAGUCGCGGCAGAGGAUAUUCAUGAAACUACGUUGAAAAAAAUCACUUGGCAGGUUCAACUAACAAACAUAAUAUGGUGCAUCACUAUGGGUCUAGCUUUGUUUUCAUUCUGCUACUGUGUGGGUGCAGUUGUAUGUACAUUCGGGUUUUUCACCAAAUCUUCAAGACAAUAUGCAAGUUUUCUAUUCAAACUUGCUAAGUAUCUCUUCUGGCCUUUCGGUAAAAUAGUUUACCUCACACAAGAAAAGCAGUAUCUAGAAGAAGAUAGGGAUGAGGGGAUAAGUGCUCAACAGUUUUAUAAUUGGGCUACAUCUUACAGCAAUAGAUUAUUCUUUCAUCGAUCUCAGGCCGAAGAUUCGAAUUCUUUGAUCAACAAAAGCAACAGCAAGAAUAAUACUGUGUUGCAGCAUCCUUCAUAUGGCUCGAUCAGAGAACAUUUAUCGGCGACAAAUCAAACAUCCUCACGCCAUGGUACAUCAACGCCAAUCUUGAGAGAUACCGAAAACAAUGAAGAAUAUCUUGAUAGCACCGAUGAAAACAAUGCUGGCAGCGCCCACAGAAGAUAUUUUGGUAGAGGUAAAUGGACAUGGGGUAGAAUUGUCUUUUACAGUUGCUUUCAUUUGGUGCUUCAACCUUUUGUACUGAUUUUAACGUUGAUUACUUGGUUGUUCGUUUUUACCAUACCUAUGAGCAACAUACUUUGGAAUCUAUUGUAUCAUAUCAGAAGACAUCCGUUGGCGAUGGGAUUCAAAUCCAUCAAAAAUACCACUAACCAAGAAACUCCUAUUAUGAAAAUCAAAAAAACAAAUGUUCUGCUCUGUACCUUCCGAUGCGCUGGCUGGCAUUAUUAUAAAUUUACUGUUGAUGGUACCAAUAUUAUUGUCGUCAAUCUUUUGUUUUUGGUCUUUUUCACCAUCGUUGACUUUUAUUUUUUGAAACAAUAUUUAGGAUUAAAAAGCUGGAUAAAUCAUGAUACAACAGUUUUCGCACUAUGCUUAGCUUCCAUAAUACCUUUAGCAUUUUACAUCGGACAAGCUGUUGCUUCUAUUUCUGCUCAAACUUCUAUGGGUUUAGGUGCUGUUAUAAAUGCAUUCUUCUCUACAGUUGUUGAAAUAUUUUUGUAUUGCGUUGCAUUAAAACAAGGAAAGGGUCUUUUAGUUGAAGGUUCCAUGAUCGGAUCUAUUUUAGGUGCAGUGUUACUCCUACCAGGGCUGUCAAUGUGCGGAGGAGCACUCAAUAGGAAAACACAGAGAUAUAAUCCCGCCAGUGCUGGUGUAUCGUCUGCCAUGCUGAUAUUCUCAAUGAUUGUUAUGUUCGUCCCAACAAUACUUUACCAAAUUUAUGGUGGUUAUGAAAUUAACUGUAACGAAAAUAUCAUGCCAUUGUCAUUAAGUAACGUCGCAAUGGCAAUGUCUAAGAAAACAUGCUAUUUCUCACGCCCACCACUAAAAUUCACCAAAAUGUAUGUGCAAGUUUUGGAGCCAAUUUCCGUAUCAUGCGCAAUUGUACUCUUUUUAGCAUACAUUGUUGGGUUGUGGUUUACUCUUAGAACACAUGCUGUGGUGAUAUGGCAGCUGCCAAUUAGUGACCAAGCAAAGGACGUAUCAAGUAGUAGGGUAUUAGAGCAAAAUGCAGAUUCGCAGCAGGAAUCUGCAGAAGAAAAUGGUGGUCAUGAAUCACCAAAUUGGUCAAGAGGUAAAUCGACUUUUGUAUUAUUAUUUGCUACAAUUUCAUAUGCUAUUAUUGCUGAAAUUUUGGUUUCCUGUGUUGAUACUGUUCUGGAGGAUAUACCUUCCUUAAAUCCAAAAUUCUUGGGGUUAACAAUUUUUGCACUUGUUCCCAACACCACAGAAUUUUUGAAUGCCAUAUCUUUUGCUAUUCAUGGUAACGUUGCACUAUCAAUGGAAAUUGGUAGUGCCUACGCCUUACAGGUUUGUCUAUUACAAAUUCCAGCUUUGGUGGUUUACUCGAUUUUGUACACUUGGAAUGUGGACCACUCGACAAUAACUAUAAGAGAUAGCAUGUUUGCAUUAGUUUUCCCUAAUUGGGAUCUUAUUGCCUGUAUGGCCAGCGUUUUCAUGUUCACGUAUCUAUAUGCUGAAGGCAAGUCAAAUUAUUUCAAAGGAUCAAUGCUGAUUCUUCUUUACAUCAUUACAGUUCUCGGAUUCUAUUUCCAAGGUGUAAUCGAUGGAUGGAACAUAUCUCACGACAUGGGAAUCUGA